UCAUUCGCUCAGCUUUGCUCUGUGGUACACGUUGUCAGAGCCGAGAAAGGGUCACUCUCAAAGAUGUGCUCCAGACAGACCUCCGGAGGCUGCCAUGAAACAUCCUCCCAGUCCGGUGGAUGCCACAGCAGGGGCUCCUGCUGCCACAGGGGCAGCUCCUCCAGCUACCAGGCACAGGGCUCCUCCUGCUGUGAGACCUCAGGCUUGGGCAGCUACGGCGGCGGCAGUGGGGGCUCUGGCAAGAUCAUUGUCAGCUCUGGCGGUGGAGGAGGUGGCUCGUCUGGAUGCUGCAGUGGAGGAUCCAGUGUCUAUGGCAUGGGAGGAGGAUCCAGUGGUGGGUCUUCAGGAUCAAAGAGCAUAAUUGGAGGUGGAGCUAGUGGGGGAUCCUCUGGAUGCUGCAGUGGAGGAUCCAGCUAUGGCAUGGGAGGAGGAUCCAGUGGUGGGUCUUCAGGAGGCAAGAUCAUCAUUGGAGGUGGAGGUGGUGGAGGUAGUGGAGGUUACUCUGGAUCCUACAGUGGGGGAACCUCAGGCUACGGCAUGGGAGGAGGAUCCAGUGGUGGGUCUUCAGGAUCAAAGAGCAUAACUGGAGGUGGAGGUAGUGGGGGAUCCUCUGGAUGCUGCAGUGGAGGAUCCAGCUAUGGCAUGGGAGGAGGAUCCAGUGGUGGGUCUUCAGGAGGCAAGAUCAUCAUUGGAGGUGGAGGUGGUGGAGGUAGUGGAGGUUACUCUGGAUCCUACAGUGGGGGACCCUCAGACUACGGCAUGGGAGGAGGAUCCAGUGGUGGGUCUUCAGGAUCAAAGAGCAUAAUUGGAGGUGGAGGUAGCGGGGGAUCCUCUGGAUGCUGCAGUGGAGGAUCCAGCUAUGGCAUGGGAGGAGGAUCCAGUGGUGGGUCUUCAGGAGGCAAGAUCAUCAUUGGAGGUGGAGGUGGUGGAGGUAGUGGAGGUUACUCUGGAUCCUACAGUGGGGGACCCUCAGACUACGGCAUGGGAGGAGGAUCCAGUGGUGGGUCUUCAGGAUCAAAGAGCAUAAUUGGAGGUGGAGGUAGUGGGGGAUCCUCCGGAUACUGCAGUGGAGGAUCCGGCUAUGGCAUGGGAGGAGGAUCCAGUGGUGGGUCUUCAGGAUCAAAGAGCAUAAUUGGAGGUGGAGGUAGCGGGGGAUCCUCUGGAUGCUGCAGUGGAGGAUCCAGCUAUGGCAUGGGAGGAGGAUCCAGUGGUGGGUCUUCAGGAGGCAAGAUCAUCAUUGGAGGUGGAGGUGGUGGAGGUAGUGGAGGUUACUCUGGAUCCUACAGUGGGGGACCCUCAGACUACGGCAUGGGAGGAGGAUCCAGUGGUGGGUCUUCAGGAUCAAAGAGCAUAAUUGGAGGUGGAGGUAGCGGGGGAUCCUCUGGAUGCUGCAGUGGAGGAUCCGGCUAUGGUAUGGGAGGAGGAUCCAGUGGUGGGUCUUCAGGAUCAAAGAGCAUAAUUGGAGGUGGAGGUAGUGGGGGAUCCUCCGGAUACUGCAGUGGAGGAUCCAGCUAUGGCAUGGGAGGAGGAUCCAGUGGUGGGUCUUCAGGAUCAAAGAGCAUAAUUGGAGGUGGAGGUAGUGGGGGAUCCUCCGGAUGCUGCAGUGGAGGAUCCGGCUAUGGCAUGGGAGGAGGAUCCAGUGGUGGGUCUUCAGGAUCAAAGAGCAUAAUUGGAGGUGGAGGUAUUGGGCGAUCCUCCGGAUACUGCAGUGGAGGAUCCGGCUAUGGCAUGGGAGGAGGAUCCAGUGGUGGGUCUUCAGUAUCAAAGAGCAUAAUUGGAGGUGGAGGUAGCGGGGGAUCCUCUGGAUGCUGCAGUGGAGGAUCCAGCUAUGGCAUGGGAGGAGGAUCCAGUGGUGGGUCUUCAGGAUCAAAGAGCAUAAUUGGAGGUGGAGGUAUUGGGGGAUCCUCCGGAUACUGCAGUGGAGGAUCCGGCUAUGGCAUGGGAGGAGGAUCCAGUGGUGGGUCUUCAGGAUCAAAGAGCAUAAUUGGAGGUGGAGGUGGUGGAGGUAGUGGAGGUUACUCUGGAUCCUACAGUGGGGGACCCUCAGACUACGGCAUGGGAGGAGGAUCCAGUGGUGGGUCUUCAGGAUCAAAGAGCAUAAUUGGAGGUGGAGGUAGCGGGGGAUCCUCUGGAUGCUGCAGUGGAGGAUCCAGCUAUGGCAUGGGAGGAGGAUCCAGUGGUGGGUCUUCAGGAUCAAAGAGCAUAAUUGGAGGUGGAGGUAGUGGGGGAUCCUCUGGAUACUGCAGUGGACGAUCCAGCUAUGGCAUGGGAGGAGGAUCCAGUGGUGGGUCUUCAGGAUCAAAGAGCAUAAUUGGAGGUGGAGGUAGUGGGGGAUCCUCCGGAUACUGCAGUGGAGGAUCCGGCUAUGGCAUGGGAGGAGGAUCCAGUGGUGGGUCUUCAGGAUCAAAGAGCAUAAUUAGAGGUGGAGGCAGUGGAGGUGCCUCUGGAUGCUGCAGUGGGGGAUCCUCAGGCUAUGGCAUGGGAGGAGGAUACAGCGGUGGCAGUGGGGGAUCAGGGCAGAAGAUCAUUAUUAGCUCAGGUGGUGGAGAAGGUGGCUCGUGUGGACGCUGCAGUGGGGGAUCCAGUGGUGGAGUAGGUGGGGGAUCCAGUGGUGGGUCUUCAGGAGGCAAGAUCAUCGUUGGAGGUGGAGUUAGUGAGGGAUCCUCCGGAUGCUGCAGUGGAGGAUCCAGUGGUGGCAGUGGUGAUUCCUCGGGCCACACAAUCAUCAUCAGCUCUGGAGGCGGCAGUGGAGGGUCCUGCCAGUCCACAAAGCAGAAAUGCCCCAUUGUCAUUCCCAACAUCGAGUCCCAUCAGACCAAGCAGGCCUGCCACUGGCCUCCCAGCCACCAGAAGUAACAGCCACAGGGAGACUUGGCACUCAGCAAGAACAACCCUGCCUCUGCCAUGUCACCUUUUUCCUUCCAGACCUAGCUCUGUUUGCCUGUUUCUUCCCAGCAUGUCCUCCUCUCUUCCCUUGAUGAUACAGCCCCGUGCUGAGAACUCCAGGGAUCCAGAA